CUAGCCUUUCUGGCGAAACAAUUGUGGUGUAUAAUACAGUUCAGAGACUCUCUUUUGGUCCAUGUUUUACGUGGCAAGUACUAUAGACUUAGUUUGCCUUUGCAAGCUAUUGACAUAGAUACCCCUUCAUACUCCUGCUAGCCUAUCAGCUGCAAUACCUCUGUUGUUACUAGGGAUUAGAAAGAAGAUCCAUUCGGGUUUUGAUGUAAAAGCAUGGGAUGAUCCUUGGAUCCUGACUUCACCUGAAAGGCCAGCCAUGCCAAAUGUCCCGGUAGUCCAUCCCAGGAUGACUGUCAGUGAAUUUAUUAAAGUAGACUCAAACGAAUGGGAUGUCGAAAUGCUUGAGAACUAAGUCUCUCAAGAAGAUAUACCUUUGAUUCGAAGUUUGGCCAUAAGCCGAUCUUUACAACGUGUUUAUUACUUCUGGAGAUUCACUAAGACUGGCAUGUAUACUGUUAAGUUAGGAUAUUGGCUAUUCAUGUAUAUUGUCAAGGUUGAAGAAAAUGUUUUCUACACUGAACCGAGUAUCACAAAGCUCCAAGCCUUUGCUUUGAAGGUAAAUGCUCUACAAAAGAUUCAUCAUCUUAUAUGACAAUUACUCAAAUGACAUGUUGCAAUCACAAUGAACUUGAAUAGUUGCCAUAUGCGAUGUGAUAAUAUUUGUCCAAGGUGUGGGGAUCCAGAUGAGGCAGUAACCCCUGCUAUCUUCAAAUAUCCACCGGCACUUCAAUCGUGGGCUCUUGCGGCUACACCGUCUCAUCAUGAUAUAUUCCAUGUUUCCAUCAUAUAUAUUAACAUUGACUACCUUUUCUGGAGGAAGAAUAAUAUUGAAGACUCAGAAAUGGACAUACACCCUUAUUCAUGGAUAAUUUGGUAUCUAUAUAAAACAAAGAAUGCUAAACUAUUCAGAGGGAUAGAUAGAGACCCACUCGAACUAAUCAGAUAUGUAGAUGGAGAAUGCCAAGCAUGGUUCACGGCAAAUCAGUCACAUGUUAUGUUGACUAUAACAAUAAUAGUAACAUCUCCAGUCUUAUGCUUUGAGAAUAUAUGCAUGGUGGAUGGUUCUUAGACCUCCACAUAGAUCUACAUUGGAUGCGGAUUGGUUUGGAAAUAUAGCUUUGGACAAACACAACUCAUGAGUACAAGAAAGCAAAGAAGAAUAUAAUUUGUUUUGCAUUCGGAAUUGGAAGCACUAGGAUGGGCAAUGGACAACAUGCUACAUUAUUCGACAUGUUAGCAUUUCGGGACAUAUUGUAAGGAUUUAAUGGAAAUGAUAAGGGAAGCUCAUGCAUCACAGACUUUUUCGACAGAGCUGAAGGAGAUGCAUGAACUGAAAAGAAGAUUCCACGAUUUCAAGCUAUACUCAUUUUCAGGGGACAAAUUGUGACCGCUGAUUUUUAGCUAGAAUUACUCGAUUUUUUCACAUGUCUCUUUGUUUUGUUGGUUAUUCUAUUUUGCUAUGGCUACCCAGACCAACUCAAGUCUUAGUAAUAGAAUAUCCUUUUGAUGUCCAAAAAUAUCAUAUUGUAACUAUUAUCACAUCUACAUGUCCACUACAAGAUCUAAGCCAAUAUAUUAGUUUGAUCUUUGAACAAUAGAAGGACUGAAAGUGCAAUUUUUUCUUUCUUUUGGUUGCUCUCAAGAUCAAAAUAAUAUUUUUUUGUUGCUUUUGUAAGUGAAUUAUAUUUUGUAUUUUACAUUAGAAUUGAAAGAAGUACAGUUAUUUUUGUUAUCCAAUUUCGUAUUUAUUUACAAAUUUAUGAAUCUUAGUACACUUUUAUACAUUUUUUGUGAUUAACAUAUAAAUGGCAUAAUAAUUCCGAUAUGAUUUGACUUAUAUGAAUUAGAGAACUCGAUAUGUUCAUUAUCACAAAGUCACUGAAGCGAUAAAAUUGAAGAGUACGAGGUUGCUUGGCAGUUUCUAUAUAUCACAAUAUCUAUAAAGACUUUCAGCCGUUCAAUUUUGCCACCGUACUUUAUAAAGUUCCACAACCCUCAUAAGUUUUGUCUUUUUAUCGAUGGAACAAGAACUACAACAAGAGCCGUGUAGGCGGAAGCGAAGGCAGCCACCGCAAGAAGAAGCAGACACCCACGUGGCAACGAGGCCGUUUAAGCCGUACAGAGGAAUACGUAUGAGGAAGUGGGGCAAAUGGGUGGCUGAGAUACGUGAACCAAACAAACGUUCACGUCUUUGGCUCGGUUCUUACACAACCGCCGUAGCCGCUGCUAGAGCCUACGACACCGCCGUCUUCUACCUCCGUGGCCCCUCAGCACGCCUCAACUUCCCUGAUCUUCUUUUUCAGGAUGAGGGUCACCGAUCAGCCGCGGCUGCUGCCGUCGACAUGCCCGCCUCUCUGAUACGUGAGAAAGCUGCAGAGGUCGGCGCUAGAGUCGAUGCUCUUCUCGCUUGUUCUGCGAAGUCGCGGUCUCCUUCUUCACCGGUAUUAGUUGAGAAACCUGAUUUGAAUCAAAUACCUGAAUCAUGAGAUAUUUAGUGAAGUUAUAGACAACAUAUACGCAUCUUGUUUUGUUUUCAAUGGCGAUUACAAUUACAUACGUGAUACACAGACGACACAUGUGAAAAUAUAGAGAUGUACACAUGAAUAAAGUAUCGAAUAAUUGUUAUAAUCUUGUUUAAUUUGCUAUUAAUGAGAAGAGAGUUUUUGUUUUA